CGUCUGUCAUUAUUAAAUCAAACAAAGCAUCGAACAGUGAAAAAAAUACCCUCAUACUACAGGCUGCAGAACGCUCGUCUCGACGCCGAAAUAGAAAGCCACCUGUAAAACACAUACUUACUUGCAUUGGCAGACGAAGUAUAAUAUAGUUGACAAUUGUCACACUAACCUACUUAUUUUACUUCAGAUUUUACGCCGUUUCGUCGUUGACAGCUUCUUGUCUGCUCUCUGUAAGCCCAACCCCCACACACAGCACUCACGAGCUGCUCCUUUGAGUACGAAAAGAGGAGGAGACUGUAUAGGCUGCAGCGUCCUGAGAGCAGUCCUCACCGGGUUUGUUUUGGUGUGAGGUGUCCCACCAGUGUGCCAGUGUAUGUUCGGUUCUGUAUAGAUCUUAUGUAUAUAUAUUUAUAUAUUCCGACAAGUUUAUGUUCCGCAAUCUAUGACCACUACACCUACACAGAAAGCGGGAAGAAAACACGUGCGGUGCGUACAGACGUUGGAGUAUUCGCGGGCAUUCGACGGACAUCCAAGCAUUGGUAGAGCCUUUUGGUGCUAAAUCCAUGAUAAGAAACAACACUACCUCAAGGUGAAAAUGGAAGUCGCUGUGGCGGAGGAGAAGAAGAAAAUCUUCAGAGCCAGAAAGACUAUGAAGAUAAGUGACCGGCAGCAACUGGAAACUCUCCACAACUCCUUAUCCUCCAGCGGACGGGCUUCAUCUACCUCCUCUUCACCUCCUCCCUUACUGAAUGGCACGCACAAAGAGGAUGGACAGAAGGGGGCAGAUAGUGACACCAGAGACUCGAAGAGCCCCGUUUUCACACCCUCGACCUCGCCGAACUCGCGCUCCCCCCCCCUUGGCCUGUCCCUAUCGUUGUCCCCCUCCCCUCCGGCUGUCCCAAGUCCGAAAGCUAAGGACGACAUUCCUCCUUCGCCCUCAUCACCAUUCCACUCUCUGAACAACGAACUGAGAAAGAUUGAGGAGGAAGGAAAGAAGGCGCGCUCUCCGUCCCCACCUAAAGAGUGUCCCCAGUUGUCUUCAGCUAAGGAGGCCAAGGAAGGACAAGCUAAAGAGGCUGUGACAGCAAAAGCAGGGAAGAAGCAAGAGGAAACAAAUGGCACAGAGAAAGAGGAAACACGCACUGCUACCAAAAGCAGAACCACCAGUUUCGUGAAAGAAUCUUCUCCAAGCUGCCCUGUUUCUCCUGCCACAUCUGACAAGGUGUCAGAGAAAAGCCAGAAGCCAGAGCAGAAAGACUCUGUAACUAUGGGAACGGUUACAGACAGUACGGAGGCCAAGGCUCCCGAGGCCUCUUUAGCCAAAAAGGAGAGAUCCUCCUCCCCCAAGGCUACCACAGGGUCUCCUGAACCAUCCUCAUCCCCCUCUACCGGACCUGUGCCAGCCGAGGACAUUAAAAAAGUGGCUAUUAAGAGUGGGAAGGGUGAUGGUGAUCAGGGAAUGAAGGCAGAGGUAAAGGAAGAUGAGAAGAUGGAAGUGGACUUAAAAGUUAAAACGGAAGCGAAAAAGGUGAAAAAAGAUCUUAAGGUGGAGGAUUUGCCGUCGUCUUCUUCAUCUUUUUCAUCUAACACAGCUGUUAAAGAAGAAAAGAGCUCCUCUGGACAUAAGCGUCAACUGUCGGAAGCUGAUGUCAAAGAUGAAUCGAAUGUGGACCGAGAUGGGAAGAGGCAGAGGAGGGAUGGUGUUGAGUUAGAAGCACAGCUGGAACUGAAAAUCACUGCUAAAUCUGGCAGUCGCCAUAAAAUUGAAAAGGUUGUUCAGCAGUUGGUGGAGGAGCGAAUGAGGGUACUGCAGCUGACAGUCUUCGACCAGAGUUUGCAGGAGUUAAAGGAGCGUAUAGACAAGAUUGACUGUGCCACCAAACACCAGAGCGCCCUUAACACACUACAGGCUAAAAUAGCUAGACUAGCGAAAAAGUUUGGAGAAGCCAACCAGUCCUCAGAGAAUAAAACAAAGGAGGUGCUCACAACCCCUGUAACUAAGACUCCAGUUUCCACCAAUUCCACUCCUACGCAGCGGCCAGUCCGGACCUCUAUGGAGCUAAAGCAGACCCCCACCACACCUGUGUCAACCAACCCCCCUGUGCCUCCUGCCCAGCCCAAGUCUAUUCCUCCCACCUCCACAACCACAACCAUGGUAACACCAGGGCCCAUUCUCCAGCUGAUCUCAACAAGCAAUUCCACCACGUCCACACUGGGCACCAGUGCUACCCAGAGCCAGCCUACGGGAACCUUGUUGCUCAAGACCACUCAAGGGACCAAUAUGGUGGGCCAGGGCCAGCCUGUCCUCAUCCAGCUACAUCCAGCCCUGUCCAUGCCUAAUGGGCAGCCCGGGACCGUCGUCAACAUCCCCGUCUCCUCUUUCGCAGCUGUCAACUCCCACAACAAGUCCAAAACCACCACUUCCACCUUCAUCCUCAAAGCAGCUCCCCCCACCACCACAACAGCCACGGCUAUGGUCCCAGCCAUCCAGGCCUCUACCUCCCAGAUGACCCCAGCCCAGAUAUCUCUGGCUCGCUACCAGGGAGGUGCAGGGGGCAUCAGCACACCCUAUGCAGGAGUGUCUGUGGCCACAGCCAGGAUGCCUGUUCAGUCUGUUUCCGUAGCAGGGGCGGUGUCUUCAUCCUCCUCACCAGCGGCCUCCGGUCCAGCUGCGACAGGCUCGACAGCUCCUGGAACGCCCUCUGGGAUAACGAUGACAUCCAAGACAGAUAAUCAAGCCACAGGCUCUACUCCAACCAAAACGCCUGUGCAGGGGCCCCGGCCCAAAGGCUCUGUCAUAGACCUUACUGAGGACGACGAUGAUGUACAAGUGACGGGCGUUAAGAAGGCCGUAGGUAUAGCUGCUCAUCGUCCUCCAGGGCCACCCCCGCUGAUAAGCAUUCCUACAGGAGCCACUGCGAGGUUGUCUCCUCAACACCCUGUGAGCAGUCCCCAACAUACAGUCCACCACCGCCCCCCACUGGACUCCCCGGUAAAAACACGCCUUAGUACACCAUCCAGAACCUCCUCCACAGCCCUGCCCUCCUUACCGACAGCACCCCAGCCCACCACCCGCCUGCCCCAGGAGGCUGCCCUGACCUCGCUCCCCCAGCAGCCUCAGCUCAAGCUGGCUCGGGUGCAGAGCCAGAACGGUAUUGUUCUUUCCUGGUGCGUGUCCGAGACCGACCGCACUUGCGCCCCUGUGGACAGCUACCACCUGUACGCUUACCACAUGGACAACUCUGCCGCCAACGGCCAGGCUUUGCAGCACUGGAAGAAGAUAGGCGAGGUUAAAGCCCUGCCUCUACCAAUGGCCUGUACGCUCACCCAGUUUGUGUCUGGAUCAACGUAUUAUUUCGCUGUCCGAGCCCGGGACAUCUACGGUCGGUUUGGACCUUUCUGCGAGCCUCAGUGUACUGAUGUCAUCAGCUCCUCCUCCUCAGCGAGCUGAACCAAUCAGAAUGGAAGAGGGCAUGCAUUUUGGGAACGUGCAUAUUUGUGUUUUAGGAAGUUGAAAUAACUGUUAAAUUCUUUAGGGAAUGGAGUUAGGAUCCCUGUGUUAAACACAUUGUACACAACCACAUCCAGGGACAUCCAUGGUAAAUAUAUGUUGCUGGGACCCCAGAUGAUAAUCUGGUUUGCGACAGGAUUUUGGUCAACUGUUAUGUAUAAUUUUUGUGAUUUAAGAUAUUGUUCAGAAUUGAAUUAAACCUCUACAGGCUGUUCAGAUAUGCUGACAUCUGUUACCUGGUCCAGUUCCUAUUUACUUUACAGGAAAUGGUUGCAUCAAAAUGCAUUGUUGUGUUGGGAAACUAAAUACAAAUAAUGAUGGUAAUUUUGUAUGUUUGUCUGGUAACCAGACUUUGACAAAUACAAUAAAACGUUUUAUUAAAAAACUUUUCU